UCAUAGCAGCAGUUACCGAACUGUGGGGAAGGAGAGAAGAAGAGAACACUGGCCACUAUCAACGGACAUUGGGACUCGCCUCAAGCGAGCGCUUUAUUAGGGCGCACGUCCUCCUUUAGAGCAAUGGCAUCAAUAGAUCAGUCAGAGGGAACGUGUUGAGGUUCUGGACGAUGGAGUCUCUGUUCAGCGGUGAGCUGAGGCUGCUGGGAGGUGGCGACGGCCUAAAGGAGGAUGGCUGUGGGGACGUGGGCUGGUCCUCAUCGCCGUUGCCUGAUGACAUUUACUCCACCUCCCACUUUGCCCUAAUUGCUGCCUACCAGGACAUUAAGACACGGCUGGCGGGCCUGGAGAGGGAGAACAGUGACGUUAAGAGGAAGCUGAAGAUCUACGAGAUCAAGUUCCCGAUGAUCAGUGAGUUUGGCGAUGACAGGAGCUCUUACUGCAGCUUCGAGCCCAAGGAGGCGGCCCUGCUGCAGUCGGAGAACGGCAGCCUGCAGCAGAGGGUCAACACCCUCGCCCACGAGCUCCAGAAGAGGAAGGAGCGUGAGGAACAGCUUGAGGAUGUGAUCCAGGCCUAUGAGAAGAUCCACAUGGAGAAGAGCAACCUCCAGAGAGACCUGGACACAAUGACCAGCCUGGUGGAGAAGCACAUGGGGCGUAUCCUGGAUCUGGAGUCAGCUCUGAGGCAGAGAGACACCUCCUUACAAAAGCUCAGCGCACAGCUGCACACCAAGGACAUCCAAUACCUUCAGCUGCACACCAAGGACAUCCAAUACCUUCAGCUUCACAGCCCCGAGAAUCACAUGCUGGACUGUCCUGGACUGACCCUGCAGAGCUCCCGCAGUCUAGACACUCUGUCAGACCUGAAGCUGCAGCGCCUGGAGGCGGAGCUUGAGGGGGCCCGGCACGAGGCCCAGGGGGCAUGUCAAAGGGAGGAGGAGGUUAAGGCCGAAUGUGAGAGGCUGCGAGAAGAGCUGAGAAAAAUCCAAGACAACCACAGAGCCAGGGAAAUGACUUCGUCGUGUGAACAAUGUGAUGUGGAGUGGAUAAAGAAGGUGGGAGAUGAGCAGGUGAAUUUGGCACUGGCAUACACAGAGCUAACAGAAGAGUUAGGACGACUUCAGGCACUGAGCUCUAAGCAAAAAGAGAUCCUAAGGAAGGCUUCUCAGGAGCAGCACAGCCCAGUCCAACGCCACUCCCACCCGCCGUCUCCCAUCCAUCACCAGCGCCACUCGCCCGUCCCCCAGCGCCACUCGCCCGUCCCGCUCCAGCAGCACUCCCCGGUCCCCCAGCGCCGCUCCCCUGUCCCUCCCCAGCAGCCGUCCCCCAUCGCCCAGCGCCGCUCCCCGGUGCUCCAGCCGCAGCGCCUCUCCCCAGACGUGCACCGGCGCUCGCCCCUGCUAGAUGUCAACAGUGGACCCGCCUCCUACUCCUGCCGGCCGGCCAGCCAGCACUUGAGGGCCAGCUUCCAGGGCCGCCGCAGCUACUCCGAGGUCACUGACCCUUCGGCCUACCAGCGGCCGCCGCGCCUCAACCUGGACUCUGUGUCCACCCUGCCCAAGCCUCGGCCCUACGGGGAUCCCGGCUACCCCAAGCAGCACCAGCAGCAUCUGCACGGAGGCGCCCAGCCUGGUGGGUCCCCACACGGGGGAAGCCAGCUCCGAGGUUCGCAGUCCGGGCUACAAAGGGCAGGGAGUGAGGCGGGCCUCUACGAAAUCUCCCGUCACUCCCGGGAGCUGCCCGUCCCCCUGUCCGACGUCUCGCCCAGGUCUCACCUGCACUUUGAUCCAGCACCACCACCGCCACCCACCACCCAGCCGCCGCAGUCCUCUGAAGACGAGGAGGAGUGGACCUGCCCACACCCCAUAAGCCCCCCGCGGACCCUGGGUAUCCCCAACAACAUGUCGCCGCAUGGGGUGAUGAGGGGACCGGCGUCCUGCUCUGCGUUCCCCAUCCCGUCCAGACCCAACACCUUGGCCUGCCACCCAGCGGGAUACCUGCAUGCAGAGCAUGCCCAGUCAUGGCCCUCCAUCAAUUUGUGGAUGGAGACGGAAGAUAGUGACAUGAGGAGCUGCCCUCUGUGCCAGCUGAUCUUUCCCAUCGGUUACCCUGACGAUGCCCUUAUCAAGCACAUCGACUCACACCUGGAGAAUAGCAAAAUCUGAUUUCAACAGCAACCCUUCACCCUCUUUUGCGUUGCAAAAAUUUUGUACUUGUGAAGUUACUUUAGGUUUUGUUUAAAAGUUGGGUGCUGAGUCUGCUUUUGUUUUGUCAAGACUCAAGAGGGCUUAUUGAGUUCCUUCCAGCUCACGUUUGGGAAAAUAAAUUAAGUUCAAAGAAUGACUACGAUGGCUUUGAGGUUCAAGACAGACAAUAUCAUGGGGGUUCCAGGAGACAUGCAGUGUUUUUUUUAAUCUGUCAUUUUACCCGUAAUACUUACUGUAAAGCCGGCUGCUUCAUCUGCCUCUCUACCCAUGUACCGUACAGUAAAAGACAGUGGGGCAUGGAAUUGUUGAAAUGCUUAUGAAUGGAUAGUUCCUGUCUGUAUGUUCUUCGGGCUUGGCAGUGUUGUGACUGUAACUAAUUGAUUGUGGGCAUCUAUGAAUUUGUCCUGCAGGGCGGGGCAUGUUGUGGGCAUUGAGUGACAGAAAAGCAUUAACACAUUAAGCUUGCGAUCGGAAAUCCAUAUGAAACUUUAAAGUGAAUGAGAGCACUUUCAAGUGAAAAUAAAAGUGAAACUUAGCAACAUUGAAUGUUUUAAAAUCUGUUCAUUUUUACAGCAAGAUAAAAUAUGACUACACAUACUGUAUAAUAAUUUUCCUGUGAUCAUAUUUUCAUUGAAAAUUUGAAAAUGUUUGGACAAAUAAUAUACCCCUUCCAUAAACAGAUCACAAAUUGACCAAACCUGCCAAUUUUGUUUUCAAUCUGAAAGGGGUGGGAAGACAUGAAAAAUGCAAAGACAGUGGAACAGACGCUGACAGACGUUCGCCAGAGAAGCUAAUGACAUUAUUGACAUAAGUUAGUUAAAGGUUAGCUAACUAACUCUACCUUUUCUGUCACAAAUGGCUUGCUUUGCUUGUUUCUUAUAGUUGUAAACAUACUGCCCCAAAUAAAGAGCAACUGAAAUGUUAUGUUAGCUAGCUUGUUAGCUAGCUUAACUGACGUUACAGUAGCUAGCAAGCUAAGGUGUUGAAAACUUUAUCUGUAAGGCAAAUGGUUUAACUUCAAUCCUUUAAAAUUCUAAGAACAGGAGUGCUUUGAUGAUCCUUUGGAAUGAAAGGAUUAAACCCAUAUAUAUCUCCCAGCAUGCUCUAUUGCGGCGUGACUUUCACAAUUGUUUGCUCUAAUGUCUGUGUUAUGCAUGUACAUUAGGUUAUUUCAUUACUUUUGUUCCACAACAAAAUAUGAAUUACAAUUUUCUAAACAAAUGCAGUUUUUAUAACUGAUCAUGGGCAUAACAUGACCCACACAGGAUAAGAUGGAUGUGUUUUUAAUGGGAAGAAAACAUUUAGAAAAUGAGGUAGAAAUUUGCUUCCUAAUUUUCAAUCAGACAUUUUAAUAAGAAUGUUCACAAUGCAAACAUGUUAAAAUAUACCCAUCUAUGCAUUUAGCUGGUUGUCAAGUUUGGUUCAAAUUAUUUUCUAAAUUAAUGUACAACCAUUUAAAGCAGUUCAAGAUUGGGGCAUCUUCUAAUAAUAAUUUAUAUUAUCCUGGCUGCCAAUUUACAAUAAUGCAAAGUCAAAAUACUAUCCUACUAUUUUAUCUAUUUCAUAGCCUUCUGCAGCAAUGUUCUUGCCUGCUUAUAUUCAAUUCAUUUAAGAAUCAACAUGAAUAAUCCAGUAUGUGGUUAAUGAACAUUUGAUACGCAGUAUUCUUCAGUUGAAGUUAUAAUGUUCAAAAGAAAGAAGGAUUUGCAAGAUCAGAUGUAAUACUGUAUGGCUCUGGUUACUAUAUAAUAUACAUAUUUUAUAAAUAAAUAAAUAAUAAUGUAAAUUCCCAAAGGAUAUCACUUUGUGAACUCUGUUCAAACAUGUAACCCCUGGUAAUAGCCAACAGUGCCCUCAGGAAUUAUUGCCCCCACUGUAAAGAUGAGCAAAAAGGGCUAUGAAAGAAAAGUGAAUUAACUUGUUCAAAAUAUCAGAGAAAUCUUAAAACAAAGCUCUUAAUCAAGAAAUAAGUAUUUUUCUCAAAAACCUGUAAAACGAUUAAUGGUACCUAUAAAAAUGCUUUAAAACCAAAUAUAAAAGAAGUAUCUGUGACACUUAUGUUGAAAUGCUGUAUGCAUCAAUCAACACAGCAAACACAGCAAACAGAACAAACAUUAAAUUAGUCAAGGGCUGUAAAAACAUAGCUACCCACCUGAAACAAAACUUCUCCACUUUUAAGAUGUGAUGACCCUGCCUGGAAAGACCUAAAGAGUAUUUUUAACUUUAUUAAAAAAAGUAUAUACCGGUCACAGUUGGAUAAUUUUAGUAGUUGGUUGAAUCUUGUGGCCACCAAGUCUCCAAAAGGACAAUUAGUCAUUACCUCCAUGCUAGCUUCUUACGGCAAAGUAGGGCUGAUGCAAAAGCAUACCAUCAUAGCACUAUCAAUUCUGUUUUUUAGUUUCUACAGGCCAUGAAUAGCAAAAACAAGGAAAGCAAUGACAGCGACCUUCUCUGGUUUUACUUUUGCAAAAUUUGCUUUUCUUAGCAACUACUCACUACAGCAAAGUAGGGCUGUCCCUGCUCUACGCUCAUCUUUAAGUUCAAACGGUUGGCAAAAUUUCAAACAACACAGGAAUAAUGCUCAUUAUAGGGCUAAAUAAUCUAAUUAGCACAAACAAAUCCUGAAGUUAUUUGGUUGCAUUUGUUUUGAAUCAACAAUGCUUAAUAUAUUUAAUGACCGAAUGAUUUAAGGAAUUAAAUUGCAAGAGGACAGAAAACAACCAGAACCACACAAAUUAUGGAAAAAUGUUUUUUGUUUCGGGAAAUAAAUGAUGGCCUAAGGAAUUGUAGUGUUUGUACUCUGUAAACUCGUGAUGGACGUUGUAUAAAAGCCUCAAAAUGUGUCUGCUGACAACUCCCGAAAUUUGCUCAGUGGCAAAAAUACAUGCCUGUAGCACUGACUGAUGUGUUUUCUAAAGCAUUGUGUAGCUCCUGUCGCAGUCUUCUACUUAAACAUAAUUGGACACAACACUUAGCCUUACCAUGCCUUUAACACAGGGGAGCUUCUUGAAAUGUAACAUCCAUUAGGAAUCUUAGCAUUACUCCAUUUUAGAAAUUCAGUAUUUCACAGACCAAGAUUUGGCAACUCCAUGGAAUUUAGAACACUUGCCAGAAAUAGCCUCUACUCUUAUCACUAAAUAAACUUCAAUGCCUGGAGUUUGCUAAAAGUAAUUGGAACUUUGAUUGGAACUGGGUUCUAUGAUCAGAUAACAUACAACAAAUAUUUUUUGGGCCACAAACACCAGAGGUGUGUUUGGCAUUAGAAGAGGGAUGGUAAUGCAGAAAAAAACCCUGCUCCCCACUAUAAAGUAUGGAGGUGUAUAUGUGAUGUUGUGGGACUGUUUUGCUUGCGAAGAGCCUGGGAACCUGGUAUGCCCAGCUACCACUAGGCUACAUACUCCCACCCCACACAAAAGGAAAAGAAAAAAAACUAUAUGUAAGGCACUCUAAGUUGGUACUAAAUGUAUACAAUCAUCACUAUAAGUCACUCUGAAUAAGUUUCAAAUGACUUACAUUUGAAUUAAAAUGUUCAUAGGUUGAAAGAUUCUGGAUUUUAGGUUUAUUUCCCUUCCCUUACAGCAUACAGUUGUGCUCAAAAGUUUGCGUACCCUUGGAGAAUUGGUAAUAUAUGUACCAAUAAAAAAAAAAAA